AUGCCUCACUGUGUUGGUACUAUUUUUCCCAAAUUCCCGGCUGCAAAUUGAUUCUAUACGGGCGCUGAACGUACACUGAUGUUGUUUAUUCUGUGUUUUUGGUACAACAGUUUAGGAAGGAGAUUUCUUUUCUGAUUGAAUUGGAGUUAUAGUCCCGGAAAAAGUUCAUCAUGUUUGCAACCGCUAUCAGAUAUAUAGCGAGGAAACCAAAGCCGAAGAUGAAACCAAUAGAACUCAAAACUCCUCCCGAGCAAACACAGACAAUCACAAGAACUAUUUUUAACAUCUUAAAGGAACAUGGCCCACUAACCGUUGCCGACACCUGGGAGCAUGUUAAGGAUGUCGGGUUGAAAGGACUCACGAGCAAGCGGCACAUGAAAAUAGUAAUGAGAUGGAUGCGGGAGAGGCAAAAAUUACGGCAAAUAUGCAACCAUGUGGGGCCCAACAAGCAAUUUUUGUACGCUACAUGGUUCACAAAACCUGAUGUCAAGCAAACAAGGCCCGGAACUGGACAUGGACCAAAUGCUUCAACUCCAAAGUCAUGAGCAAUUGGCAAUGUGUGUGGCCAAGUGAGUUGUUCAAUGGAUUUGUUGGCAGGGUAAACAAAAUUCGACGUGUAUAUGAGCUUAUCUUGAUUUUGGCUUGUAGAGGAUUUUGUGCUGAUGCGAUGCAUGAUUUAAUUGUCGCUGUAAUUUCAGCUGCUGUUUUUGGCGCAUUUGGAGCUGGUUCAGUGGCUGUGCCAAGUACAAGUUGUUAUGCCGUCGAUAAUACCAGUCACAUCCAUGAUUUUAGUGAUUUGGUCGGACAAAUUUUUGAGUAUGAUGACGAUAAGAACCCUGAUCUGGUGGUGAGGUUCUGUAAAGAUGUCGAGACGAGAUCCCAACCGGGAUAUGUGGAUUUUGGAAGAUUUGAUAAAUUCAAUUAUUUUACUGCCGGUUCUGGACAUGCCGACUUUGUGCAGGAAUAUUAUAGUGGUGACCUAAUGAAGUGUGAAAAAACUUUUGAUAAAUUGGGGCGCACAGCUCAGCUAAACAUCAUUUGUGGAAAUUGCCCAAAUGGACAAUGUGUAGGUAUCCUAAUAUAUGUAUAUGUGCUUUCCUUAGGUGGUAUGGGGUGCAUCUGCAAAGUUACCUAUGAAUCUUCAUGCAGAGUGCUCAUCGAUCUAGCCAUUCCCUGCGUGAAACCAGGUCUGCGGGUAUUUGAGGGCUUCACAGUUGGCUUUCAUCCUCGCUCGUGGGAAAUUGUCUAUAAUGGUAUGACUCAGUUGGGUUAUGAGAAGCUUUAUGAUGAAUUUAGUUUUCGCUUCAGAGUUGUGUUCAACGAGGUUGAGAUUGUUCUUCAAAAAUAUCUUUAUAGCUCAAAUCUUAACCCCCUAACACCCCCCAUGUACUAUAUCACGUUAUACUAUGACUUUCAUGGCGAUCUGAACUCAAUUUUAUGCAGCUUCAGAACUGAGCAAAGGGAUGUGACCCUAUACUUAACUGCAGUUGCUUCCGUUUCAAAUUUAGUUCAAAAACCUACGGUCAAGACUUCUCCGGAACAAGGAUUGGUUGUUCAGUUGUCUGGUUCUGGAGCAGAUGGCAGGCCACCAACUACCUUGUCUCCCACUAUGAUACUUGUGGACUGGAGAUGUGAAAAGACUCGUUCUACACCUUAUGAAGUUGAAAUUACCAUUCCAGUGGAGAAUUAUGACCCAAUUCAGUUCACUCUUGCAAAGAUGUGUGAACACAGCCAAGGUGAACGUGGCGAAGCUACUAGAGGUUGGGCCAUAUUUGGAAUCAUAUCUUGCAUAUCAAUUGUAGCCUUCACACUGUUAUGCAUUGGAGGGUUUAUUUAUAGGACAAGAGUGACAAACCUGCGAGGGCUUGAUGCUGUACCAGGGAUGGCAAUAUUAUCGGCAUGUUUGGAAACUGCAAGUGGAGGUUUGCAAGGCGGCUAUACACGCCCAGAUGAUGCUAAUAAUCCUUUUGCAAAUCAAACUUCGUGGGAUCAGCAACCAAAUUCUACUCAAAGAACAUGGAGAGCUAGUGAAAGAACAUAUGGCUCCAUUUGAUGCACAUGCACAAUCCUCAUAAUUUACUUAACUCGCCUGCUUAAAGUUAUCUUCCGGACUAUACAGAUUUUGAAGUUUUUUUUUUUUUUUUUCUUUU